AUGACUCUAUCACCUCCGCCGACAUCAUCUUCAAAGAAACGCAAUCCUCGCGCAAGGAGCACUGCAUCCGUCCACUCCAAAGAAGCUGCAUCGACUAGCCUGCCAGCAAACCCACCUCUUCGCUCCUCAUUACGCCUUAGAGAGAAGAGACAACAAGCUGCCACCAAAGCUGAAGCAAAAAGCGUCGAAGCUAUGCCGACGAACGACAUGAAGACAAAAACAGAGUCGACCGAUGCUCCUAAGAAGAAGUCCGCGCCUCCCAAGACCAAAACGAAGGUGUCCGCCAAGCCUGCUCCUCGCAAGGCGGCCUCCGAGUCCGAGCCUUCCACGAAGAAAACAGCGUCCAAGAUUAGGAAGACGAAACCUCGGAAGAAGAAAGCCAUAAAAGAACGAGAACGUUGGCCUGGAAAGAGGAAGUUGGAUUAUUUUAAUACAGACCCCGUAUACUGGUAA